UCAGACGACUCCGUCUGUUGUGGACGCUGAAGCUGAUCAUGAUUCUCCUGUGGAUGAUCCUGUUGGUGGUUCUACUCUGUGCAGAGGCCGAGAAUGUGACCGAGGUCAGAGGAGAGCUGGGGACCAAUGUCACUCUAAACUGCUCCAGUCAGACAACAGACACAUACUGGUACAUGGAGAUCUACAGUCAGUUCAGAGCAGGUAUCGGCCGCAGUUUUUCUUCAGCAGCUACCUACUGCUCUCCUGGUUUUGAAACCAAAUUUUCAAUCCUGGGAAACAAACUUGUGAUUAAAAACUUCAGAGCAGAGGACUGCAGGCUUUACUUCUGUGGCAUCAAGAGAGAUGGCAGCAUUCAUUUUGUCGACACUUUCCACGUUGUCUCAGAUGUAACUGAAACAACUCCAUCUGUCACAGUCACUGACAGUAACCGCCCAGACCAACAAUCUAACAAGAAUGCAUUGCAGAGUCAUCGUGUCGUUUUCAUCUCUCUGAGCCUGAAUGCUGCACUUGCUCUUGUGGUAAUCUGUCUGAGUUGUGUAUGGCUGUCUCUGAAGAGGAGAAUCAGCAAGUAUCAGGCAAACCUCCCUCCAGCUGGGACCAGUGAGAGGCUGGAGACUCCACAGUAUGAGGAGAUCCAGCUCCCCCGUCGAUCUGCUGCUGCUGCUACAGAGUGCAUUUACUACAACCUUCAGGUUCCUCACUUGACACUGCCUCAAAGCUGAUGGACACACCUGGACAGGUGGAUGAUACCUGGUGGAUUCAGAUUUUGUAGACAGAGGUCAGUCUGAUGACUCAGGACUUGCUGCUCUGCUCGUGGGAGGAUUUCUUUCUUCCGGUCAAGAAAAUCCACAAACUUGACAAACAUCAGAAAUGCAGUGAGAUUAAUUUCAGUCAGAAACAAUCUGCUCUGCUUCUGAGCUCAGAUGGACCCAAGAAUGUGACAACCUUUAGCCAAACCUGCUUUAAGGUGGUUUAGGAUUUAAGGUGGAUAUGCCAGAACUCAAAGCUGCUGUUAAAACCUUUAAAUAUUUAUUUGUUCUUUUUAUGUUUGCAUCUGUUUAACAGUUUUUUUAGCUGUCUAGUUGUUUAUGCUAUUCUGAACACACAAAUCCAGUUUCCAUAUAAACCAACACGAUGAUUCAAAUGUGAACAGAGACAGAAUGCAGUGAUACAUUCAAAGCUUAAGUAAGUCACGUUUAUUUAAAGAUUGGCUUUAACAGGCAUCAUGAAACCGCAUGCUGGGAAAAAUAUAAAAACUAUGAAAAUAUCUAUAAAAUAUAAUUUAAAAAACUGAGCUAAUAGCAGCAAACAAACAAAACUGCAUGUUCAGAAUAGAAAAAACUGAACAUAAAAACAAUCAUAACAAAAGAGUCCCAGUUCCAAAGCCUCUGUCCCCCCAGUUAGUCUGUGAGGGGCGAUUAAUACAUUUUGAGCCUGCUAUUGAAGACUGCAAGCAGCUGAGUGUUUAACAAGAAGUUGAGAUGAAUAGCCUGGAGAUCAUUCAUUUAGGGCUCUUUAUGCAAGUAUGGGAAUUGUAAAACCAAUUCAAAAAUUGUUAAGUUUUACAUUUCUACCCUCACAAGCUCCAGGUGGUAACCAAGAGAUCUAGAAGACCCAAAUGGGCUUCCUCCAGAGGGUGUCUGGGUUUUCCCUUCAAGAUACAGUCAGUGAAUGACGCAGAGAUGCUGCUCCUCCACAUUGCAUUGAGCUAUCUGAGGUAGUUUGAGCAUCUAACAAGGAUUGCUCCUGGACACCUUCGAGGUGUGCUGAGAGGAGGCUCCUGAACCUACAAGAGCUAGGUGGCCGGGGAGAGGGUGGGAGGUCUGAGCAUCUCUGCUUGUGUUAUUUUUGGAGUAUUGUUAACAAUAUAUUGAUUUUGCGGUCUUUGCAAAUCAUUGCAUCCUGUCUUUAUUUACAUUUUUUCACUUUCAUGGCUGAGCAGCCGGUGUGUUUAGGUCCACACUGCAAACACACCAGCUGCUCAGCCGUGACACACCCAGCUUCCAAACUUUUUUUCAGAAUGGUGCUGUGUUUGCUUCAGAACAUUUAAAAUAUAUUUCUAUGUGUGGCAUUAUUCAUUUGAUCUGUGAAACUACACUGGUGAGGAAUGAACAUGUAAUCCAGUAAGUGUGAAGAUUUUUUCUCUGAUUGACGCAUUCAUCUUCGGUUUAGGCAUUCAGAAGUUGUAGCCUCAGCUAGAAGUUCUCUCCAGUGUUAGAGGUGCAAUUAAAACAACACUGUUACUGUCAGGUUGCUUUUCCUUUGUUUUUCUUACAUUCAGUGUUUUCUUGUUUUGGAGUAGAAAAUGUACGUUAAUGUACUUUAAUUACAUGUGCUGUAAUGUUUAGUGUUAACACAUUAAACGUGACAACGCCACUGAAGAAAAACCAAA